UUGUCAGUCAUAGAGAAAUGGUUACAUGGAGGAAAAAAAGGCAAAAUUUCAACAUAUUUAAAUCAGAUAUUUGCAGUUUCUACAGUUGAACAGUGUUUCUGGUGCUCUCGCUGCCAGAUUUUUCUAUCAUUUCUACAGAUUGUUGUUUCUGCAGCUGUAAAGGCUGAAUGAAAACUUUAUCUUGAACCUUGUUUUGAUGCUCGUCCGUCCUCGGUGUCCUCCAGGUCUGUCAGACAGACACAUCCGUCCUCGUUGAGCUGUUUUAGGACUGCUCACCUCCAUCUCAGAGACAGAGUAAUAAAGCCAGCUCCACGCCGGCCGCCCCGCCGUGACACCGACAAUAACUCGUCUCCUGUUGAAUCACGUCCUCUCGUUUCCUCCCCAAACACACCCUCCAUCAGGGAAGCUGCUAACCUUUUCCUCCUCUGCCAAGAAGGGGAACAUUUUAAACUGUAGAAAGGUCAAGCGAUGCCCGGGCCACGUGUGAUGUCAGCAGCCGUUUCCAUGGCAGCGGAGUGGGAGUUUUACGUCGGCGCAGGGUUGGAUUAUUAGCUGUUAGGAUGAUAUGGUCGGUGAAAUGUGACCCUGGUCUUUGUCUCUGGCAGGAUCAGCUCCCAGUCUUCCUUCUCUGAACUUGCCGCUUCUUGAACUGUCUCUCAGCCUCCGUUUCUGGGCUCGUUAGCACGGUAAUCUAUUAAAAGCGGGACUCAGGAGGUCGGUUUAAUUUUAGCGACGCUUCAGGCUCCGUCAUGCGUGUGGAUUGGCUUCACUCGGGCUGAGGUGUGCCGGAGAAUGACUCAGAGCAGCGGCGACAAAACAAACAGCAGCCAGUCAGCUUCUGCCACGUCAGCCGAGUCCAGCGGGACGGACCUGUGGACCCGUGGACCCGUGGACCCGUGGACCUGUGGACCCGUGGACCGACCCGGCAGACUCAGAGAGGCGAGGAGGCUUCACCAUGCUGCUGGCUGGUCAUGGACUGGAUGCAGUGGAGCCUCGGAUCGGCUCCUGGAGCUCUGAGGAGCUGAAUGAAGCGCUGGCUCUGGGUUACAGCCUGCUAGUCUGCUGCCUUGAUCCUGAAUCCGCCAAGGUUUCAGACCUGAACCCCAAUGCCAAAGCAUGGGCCAACCACAUGUUUAGCCUGGACCCCAGUGGGACUCCCGACACCACACCCGCUGCCCUGCAGCCAUGGAAGGAAGGCUGCGAUAGUUCGGCCGACCCCGGCCCUGAAGGCUAUGAAGCCAGUGAGGACAAGCCCCCACUAACCCACCCAGAUGAGCCUCCACCGGUCCCAGUAAUGCUGGCCGAGCCGGCCCCUGUGGCCCCCGUGGCCCCCGUGGCCCCCGUGGCCCCCGUGGCCCCCGUGGCCCCCGUGGCCCCCGUCACCCUGGAGAGGCCCGAGUCCGCCUACACAGAAUACCCCGAAGCCGGGCAGCCAGGGCACACAGCAGGCGGUGACUCCCAGCCUGAAAACCCCCAGGAGGGCCUGAGGGAGCACCUGAAGAAGACCCUGGAGUUCUGUCUGUCCAGGGAGAACCUGGCCAGUGACAUGUACCUCAUCUCCCAGAUGGACAGCGACCAAUAUGUGCCAAUCGUGACGGUGGCCAACCUGGACCACGUCAAGAAGCUCAGCACCGACGUGGAGCUGAUCGUGGACAUUUUGCGAUCUCUGCCGUUGGUCCAGGUGGAUGAGAAGGGGGAGAAGGUGCGACCCAAUCAGAACCGCUGCAUCGUGAUCCUCAGAGAGGUUCCAGAGAGCACGCCUAUAGAGGAGGUGGAGGCUCUGUUUAAAGGGGACAACCUACCCAAGUUCAUCAACUGUGAAUUUGCCUACAACGACAACUGGUUCAUCACCUUCGAAUCAGAAGCAGAUGCACAGCAGGCAUAUCAGUAUCUCCGUGAGGAAGUGAAGACCUUCCAAGGGAAGCCCAUUAAGGCCAGGAUAAAGGCGAAGGCAAUCGCUAUCAACACUUUCAUGCCAAAGAACGGUUACCGGCCGGUGGAGGUGAACCCGUACGCCCAGCAGCGCUACACGUCCUACUACAUCCCUCCAGUUUACAGCCCUCAGCAGCAGUUCCCUCUGUACAGCCUCAUCACACCGCAGGCCUGGUCGGCCACUCACAGCUUCAUUGACCCCACGCUGGUUGCUCCAUUUCACAACAACCAGUUCAUCAACGGAUUCACGACGUCACACAGUUUCAAACCAGCGUCGCCGCUCACCGUCAGACACUUCUCACCCAGAAACAGGAAUCACAGUAAACCUCACCUGAGGCCGACCCUCCCUACAGCGGAUCGCAGCGCCGGCCUCCUGGACAACCCGACUCUGUUUCCCAGCUUCCCCAGCGAGAGGCUGAACGGUGUUCGCAGCAGCCCGCCGACCCGACUCCCCGGCGGCCAGGCCAGGACCCGGCUGCCCCCCGCCACGGCCUUCCCCCGCAGAGACACGGUGGGCACCGGCCGGGUGACGGAGCCCAGCAGCACCGACUACUCCCUGGGCCUCGGCCGAGGAAGGAAAAAUGUUUCUGCUUCUAGGAAAAAGAGGGAUGAAAAGUUUACAAGAGUGACGCCUCCGUCGCCGCCGCCGCCUCCCAAACCUCCGUCUCCGAGCUUCGAGCUGGGCCUGUCCAGCUUCCCUCCUCUGCCUGGAGCCGCCGGCCAGCUGAAGACCGACGACGUGUUCGACAGUCGGCUGGCCAGCAGCGUGGUGGUCGGAACCAGCAAGGAACGGAAUGUCAGCGCUGACUCCAGCAGUGGAGGAGUUCUUUCUCCGGCCGGCCCUAAGGAGCCUCUCCGGUGCUCCACCUCCCCGAUGCCCGCCAGCUUCCAGCCCUCGCCCACUGCCACCACCCCCACCCCGACGCUGAGCCCCGCCACCGCCACGCCACAGAGCCCCGCCCCCUCCACCCCUGCAACGGAGGUGAAGGUGACGGAGGUGAAGCCGAAGGAGGUGCAGCUCUCCGUGGAGCGAGUUCCUGGCACUUUGUCCACUGCGAGCAAAUCAGUGCAAGUCAACGGAGCCGCCACAGAGCUGAGGAAACCUUCCUACGCUGAGAUCUGCCAGCGGGUCAAAGACGCUCCGACAUCACAGCCGCCGACCCCCAAGGAAGCCAAGCCAGCCUGCAGCGCCUCUGCAGGCGAGGAGAGGAAGUGCGCCGACACCUCCACCCCCCCAGGGGAAGCCAAGGCCAGAGAGACAUACUACCCCUCCUCCAAAGCCGGCCCCGCAGCCCCGGCCAGGCCCCCUAAGGAGGCCCGGAGGCCGGCCGGGCGGUGGGCGUCUCCUCCUCCACAUCCAGGGAAACCCCCCAGCAAGGAUCCCCACCACACCCCACCCAAAUCCCCCCAGUAGGGAGAGUUAAAAAGGAAAUACAGUCAGGGCUAGCAGAACCACCAUCACUAGAGCAUCGAGGACGCCUUCUCUCUGGAUCAGGGCUGCAGACAAAAAGCACUUUACUGUGCAUGUAGAGCACCGUUCAUCCUUUUACUCUAUUUAUUUGCUUUCUUUUAAUUUCCUCUUUUAUUUUUCCUUUUCUGUUUUUGCAUCAGUUGCGUCGGCCUGUAAACAGACAACACUGAGUGUAUCCAGAUGCUAGAGCAGACUGAGGCUUGGUCUGCGUGUCCAGUGGCAGCUUCAUGGAGCUUCUUCAUCAGCUCAUUGCAUCUAUGUGCAACUCAACAGUGAAAAUCUCAUCACAGAGAGACUCGGUGAUUCACGUUGUGCAGAUUUAUUUACACUACUGUAGCGUGUCGCUCUUUUUCACGGCUUUGUUUGCAGAAUGUCGCUGGUAGAGUUAGCGCUAACCGCUAAUCCUCAGUGAAGAGUCGCUUCCUUCUGUUCAGUAGUUUCACUGAGGCGGCAACAAGGAAUGUGUUUGUGGACGACGAGGGUGAAGACUUGUGGGAAAGCUCGAUGUGUUUUAGUUUUUCGGGGAAAGCUGCAAGGUUUUCCAUCAAACUGUGGAAGACAGAAGAUGCAGGUUAAUGAAUUUACAUAGAGCGCUAACACUAGCUACCGUUUACAGCUCUGUAGCUUCAUGUUGACACCGUUCAGUUUCUUCUGGUGCUAGACGUCCCACCCUGGAAGCUCACCUUAAACUGCACCGACUAAUACUUGAUUCACAUCCGCAGAUGUUUGUUUUAUGGGAUUUAUUAGAGGAUUCUGUCAGGAGAGAACAAGGGAAUCGACCCUGAAAGUAAAACGGGAGUCGAUGAAACCUUCAGUCGGUGUUCUCCGUGUCGAUGUUCACCGACGUGAAGCUGCUUCUGCUCCUAUCGACUCCUCUGUUGGGGUGGUUUGUAGUUUGGCCUGAAAAGUGUGAAUAGAAGCGAUGGAAACAGGAAGUGAGAUGGCUGAAAAGACCUCAGAUGUUUUUAUGAUAGGAUGAAGGUGAAUGAUGAGUGUGUUUUUGUGGACAGGUGGAUUGUGGGACUGUGAAGGAGGUUGUUGUGGAGAGUCGGACUAAGGGACGGGUUCCUCAAGUCUUUACCACUAGAGACGUUUUCCUGUCGCCUGCUGUCGUCUCAGUUCUUCUCGUUCGUUUGCACUCUUUUGGUUUCUCCUGUUUCUUGAGAAAGUUGGAAAAGCGUGACAGCAGACUUCCUCUUGCUACUUCACUCCGCUUUCCUGAGAUAAAUUCAGUUCAAAGCACAGAUUCGGACAAGAGACUUGGAAGAUUUACGGAGCAGAUUUUAGCGUUUGGGUUUUUCGGGACGGAAUCGAGCGACAUUUGCUGCGUCGGAGGAAAGUAGCAAGAAGAAGGCGAGCGUGGGGAAGGAUUUAGUGUUGAGGUUGGGGGUUCUGUCUACUGUAGCAGCCACUCUGGCAGAAACCAACCAAAGAAGAAGAAGGGAGUCAGAUUAGCCGCAUGCUUCAGUUAAUCUUUUAAGAUGCAAAACACCCUAAAAGAAACCGCUGAACUCUCCAGAAUAUCAGUUUGGGGAACCUUCGCUCAAGUCUUCCUGCAGUAAAGCAUUCUGGGUAAUCCCACUAAGAGGAAACAGGAAGGGAACUGCUCUUUGCUUUGGAGUUGAGUUUCUUUUAUUUUGAAGGACUGAGAUGCACUUGGAUGGUUGGAUAAUUCUUCAGUUUUGUUUUUCUCAUCGGUAGAAGAGACGAAGACGCAGCAUAUCUGCCUCUUUAGAACCCGUCGCUGUUUCACUCCAUCAGAUAUCUUCACUUUUCUUUUUUGGGAGAAGAAAAAAAAUCGACUUGAAGCAUCGAGGUCAAAAUGUACAAAAAAAAUGUCCAUCCAGUGUUUGAGAAACUUGAAUUUUAUUUAAACUUGAAAAAUGACUUUGCCUUAACUUUUAUACGAGACGAGCGUAGAGUUUAUUUCUUUUCAAAAAAAACCUCCCCAAAUCGUUAACGAAGCGUGACGCGUGGAAAUAUUUAGUGAGAUUCAGACCUGCAGCGUUUUCUUCCCUCGGUUUACUUUUGGUUUUUGUAAAAUGUACGAAGAAGAAUCAUUUGGUUGUUCUUUUUUUGGGUUCUUGUUCGAUAGUUUCAGGGUUUUUUUUUUUUUUUCUUUUUGGGGAAAAAUAUAAACCGUGUAAAUGCAAAACUAGUCGAUACUGUAUUAAAUCUGUGCACUUUGAAGUGUGUGCUUUGCUUGUACAGUUGUAAAUACUCAGAAAACUAUAAGAGGUACCUUAAAAUGAUUAUAAAAUAUAUUGAUCUUGUUAACUAUAAUGUCGCUAUGGAGCUGGAUGUAGGAUAUAAAGUCGUUGUUGUGCUUUUUGGAAAUCCUUUUCUUUAAUUUUUUUAUUUUCCUUGGGGUGUGCGGACUUGGAGCUUGUCUGAUUGUACGUUUUCUGUUUGUCGUCUUUCAUUCCACUUGUGCUCGCUCACCUGGCUGCUCAGGUGCGACCGUGGUCCCACCCUCCUCUUCUCGCUGUGCCCAUAUUUGGAAACAUCCUGUGGAGGUGACAGAGCCGAGUGUCCGCCAGCGUCCUCUUUGCUGCUUCUUCUGCUGCUUUUGCCAGUAUUUCUGCUUUUUUUUGAGCAGAAAAAUGUCCUGAAGCUCAUCCAGUCCAAACUGAAGCACUACAUUUAUUUAGCAUCGCUGUGAGGCGGUGAUCCAGGUGUGUUUGUCUUUUUAAAUCAUUUACAGACUCAGAAAAGGCAUCACAGCUGAAAUAACUUCAGGUGGAUCUCAACACUAAUACUCGUCAUUUCUAAUCAGACUAAUGCUGACAGACAGGAGCUGAUUAUUAAUAUUAUUAUUCAAGGAGAUCAAUAACUGGUAUUUGGAGCUUUAAUUUGAAAUUUAACAUCAUUCAUCCCUCAGCUCUGAUUGGCUGUUAGUCGUGACAUCAGAGCUGUGAGGUCACAGAGCAGCGCUUUGAUUAGUUUUGUCAGGAAUCAGUUUCCAUUAAAACUUGAUCGGUUUCUGACAGCAGAAAGUCUCCAGACGUCCUCCAGCUUCAGACCGUUUCAAAAAAGGUUUGUUUUAUCAGAAAAGCUCAAAUCUGCUGUUUUCUGUCCAUAUUUUCAGAGCUAAUGCUAAAAUCUGACGGUUUAGUCACUGGACUAGCGGAGCUGUUAGCUUAGCACAAAGACUGGAAGUGGGUGGAAACUGUUGGCCAGACUCAGUUUUAAAUGUAAAAAUGAGUCUAUCAGCUCCUCUGCAGCUCAUCAAUAAACACAGGAAACUAACCUGCAGGCAGAAAUGACUCUUUGGUGUUUGAACCGGAGACCUACUCGUUGUUUUCACGUUUCUUCUUUAAGGAUGGAGUCAAGAAUCGGUGAAGCUCCUUGAGUGUUUCUGAGCUGAAGGUGGAAGAUAAAUGAUGUUCUUUAAACCAGAAAUCUAAAGUUUUUAGGGAAUAAACUGAAAGUUCUGUUUUAGAAGAAGAGCAGAUCUUCAGCACCAGAACUUUACCAGAAUCAAACUGUGGAUCCAGAUUUUACUGAACAGGUUAGAAGUUGUGUUUUCAGGUGAGAGUUCUAGUGAAUCAGAGGUUCGUAUUUUACUGUCCUGAACAGUAGAGUUGGAUUGAUCUGCUUCUGUUUGGUGAAGGUUUCUGUCCAUUUAGUUUCUGUGAGAAUAUGGACAGAAAACGUAGCUUUUCAGAGACGAACCUUACAAAACAAAGAAGUUGGAACAGAAAAGCAGGACUUUAAAAGAGCGACGCUGAUGGACUCGGUUCGGUCGUCGACUUUAAACGCAUCAAAAAAAAAAGCACAGUGGAGACGACAGCAGAGGGUCAGCGAGAUAAAGAUCAGCCAAAAACCACUUCUACUUCCCUCUGAUUUAUCUUAAAUGUACAAAUGCGUUUCUCUUGGGUUACUGUUCCUGGUUUGUUUUGAGGACGGAUGCAACUGGAAUCCCAGUUUUCGGUGGUUUGGGUUUCCGGCACAUUGGGCAGGUUGACGUCUGUUACCCGACGGAGAGUCCAGAACUAUGCCGUGAUCUGGCGCUUGGACCUGUACAUACCCAGCUUCACUUCCUCUGAUGACAGGAAGUCGUGGAGAAACUCUGCAGCAGCGUUUUCACACCGAGGUCGAACUGGAGCAUCCGUGAACUGUGAAUGUUUGCAUGUGUGGAAUAAAUACGGAACCACCAGAGCAGACGGAUGACGCUGGAGUCGGACCUUCAGACUGAUCCUAAUGCUGCUGGAGCUUCAUAUCAGCCUUAGUCUGCUGUUUCAGUGCCAUCGUUCUUCGGUUCUCCCUCCAGGUUCCAUCUCGUCCGUCAUGUUUGUUGUGUUGUUCAGAGAUCCGACUGACUGUGGUUUAACUCAUUAACACGCUAACAGCUGUGGACAAUCGGUGAGUCCGUCGUGUCGACCGGACGGAUUUCUUUGCCUAACGACUCCUUUAACAGAUGCGGGACGGAGGUUCGAUCAAGAGGGCUUCUCUUCUCUUUUUGUUUUUGACUGUUUUUUUGUUAUUUUUGGGUAUUUUUUCUUCCAUGGAGACUGGAAUCAAGCGUACAUGUCAGCUAUAGAUAAUUUAAGUUACUCUCGUGUCAUGAUGUAAAACUGUCUAAUUUGGAGAAAAAAUGUAGCUUACUGAAAAAUAAAGAUUUAGGCACUGUU